AUGCGUAUCUCCCGGAAUAUCUAUCUAUAUAUCACUCUAGCUGCUGUGUUGGUUGGUAUCUGUGAAUCUCAGGUUUAUGACUCUUGUGAUGGUGUAGCUCGUGCUCUAGGAUCAGGUGCAGGAGAUGGUGAAUACCCAAUAAAGAUUGAUGAACGUCUGGCAGUACCUUUAUAUUGUGCUGAUUUGGAUCGGAACCCUCAGGCUUACGUUCCAUUAAAAUCAGGAAGAGUUAAUAACUUUGGAAGCGUUUAUAUGAGUGUUGGUUCGGUGAAGGAUUGUGGCACAGUGGUACCCCCACAGAAUUAUUCAGCAUGGGGAAGAACGGAGUUUCUCAGAUUACAGAUUGAUCCCGUUCAUCUCAAGAUUGAUCUCAAUAACUUCAAAUUCACUCAUACCAUCGGACCUCGCCAGAUAUGCUUUGGUUGUGCAGGAGAUAAAUUCUCGGCCACUCCAAAAUGUCCACCGAGAGGAAAGUUUAAGAUAAGCUUAGCAGGAACACCAUUCUCCAUUGAUGAUUCGGUGGCAUGGAAAUGGACCGGGCAGUUUCCUGAUGGGUCAACAAGCGGUCAAGCUAACAUUCUAACAACAUCGUAUAUAGGAUGUUUUAAGGAUGCAGUUGAUAGACUGUUACCAGUGAUGAUAUAUAACAGCAAGACCCUGACCAUACCUAUAUGUAUCGAGAAAUGUAAGGCUAAGGGGUACAGAUAUGCCGGUGCUCAGUAUAGUACCCAAUGUUUCUGUGGUAAUAGUCACAAUAAAUAUAGUAUAAGUAAAGAAUCAGAAUGUAAAAUGAAAUGUGGUGGUGGAGGAACAGAUCAAGUUAUUGAGGGAAUUUGUGGUGGGUAUCCCGGAAAUUGUUACCCUACUAUCAAUGGCCAGAAAGGUUUUACUUUACAGCUGGUGAAAACACAACCUUGCUUUAAAAAUCCAUGUCAGAAUGAAGCUAUAUGUGUUGCUCUCACUGAAGAUGAGUUUACAUGUUCCUGUCUGCCUGGCUAUGUUGGUAGCUUGUGUGAAAAUUUACAAACAAUAAUAACAGCUAGUGGUUCUGACUGUCCUACUGGAUUACAACCAGAGCAAUGUUCAUGUGAUAAAUGUACUGGUGCGAGGUUUGAUGGUGAUGUUUGUGUGGCUUCCAAUGGGAAGCCCAAAACAACGUGUAGAUAUGAUGAUCCGGGUCACGUGAUAUUAUUUAAUGUUCAAGGCACAGCAAGUGAUGCUUAUUGUCCUGUAGGAACAGAGAUAGUGGGCUGUAACUAUUGGGAUAGUAAAAACAGAAAGUCUGGAAAUGGGCAGGGAUCCCUGGAUACCAAAUCUAGACAUUGUUCAUUGAAAGGAUGUAGCACGUGUAAGGUUACGGCUAGGUGUAAAAAGUAUGAUUGUGGCUGUGAGAAUAAUGGAGUAUGUAGUAAAGUAACUGGUACAUGUAGUUGUUUACCAGGCUAUACAGGCAGUCGAUGUCAAACAUUUGAUUAUUGUAGUGUUUAUGAAGAUAAAUAUAACAAAACAGCAUGUAAAGCAGGAGAAUGUCAGGCAGUACCAUCCAGUGAUAUCAGAGCUUUUGGUGGAGAUCUAGCUGGUGACCAUUGUGUAUUUCCUUUUACAUACCAGGAUAACUCUUACAGUAGAUGUGUCGAGGACAACGGGGUUGGACCUCCAUUCGCCUGUUCUACAUAUUUUGAUGGUAAAAAUGAUUAUAUAGAUUUAGGUCAAUGGAGCCCAGCGCCCGUUUAUACAAUAGCUGCUUGGGUUAAACCAACCAAAAAAGACAAGACUCGAAGGACUAUAAUAGGUGGUGUAAAUAUAUGUCGAGAUUUUGGUUUGUAUCUUCAAAAUGGUCAUUUCAAUGCGUUUUAUUACCCUGCUAGUAAAGCUGGAUGUACAGCUCCAUUACAAGGUGCUUCUUACUCUGUUGGACAAUGGUAUUUGGUCAGUGUCAGUAAUAAUGGUACCCACAUGAGACUCGAUGUUUCAGGUUCAGACAGUAUCCUGGUUCCUGUUCAACAUUAUAAAAUCUUAACCACUACUGGCCUGAGAAUAGGAGGAUCACAGUGCUGUGCUGGUGAUACUUUCCAAGGUAAUAUCAAAUCUAUUAAAAUCUGGAACAGAGCUUUAUUAACAGAGGAGGUGAAGAUGAGUAUGAGAUAUGUUAACAGUAUCAACUCAACUAUGGAAGCUAUGUAUGGUGGAUUGAUCUCUCAUUAUGAACUAGGACAUGAUGUUAAUUUACCAUGUAACGGAAUUGAUCAUGGUGGUGAUGAUUGGGAAGUCAGAAACUCACAACAACUUUCGGGAAUCCAUUGCAAUGUUUCGCGAUUUUCUGUUCCAAAGGGAAUUAUUGCUUUAAUCAAACCCUAUGAUGGUACUAAUGGUGGUACCUUUGAAGUGUAUGCACUGGAUAUCAGUAUAGAAGGUGUAUUGGACGGCAGUGGCAGUGGUUAUAGAGGUGGCCUUGUACCUGCUAACCCUGCUGAUAAUGGUGUCCAGGGAGAAUCUUACAGUGGGCAAGGAAAAGCAUCAACGGCUGGUAAUCGGGGAGGUGGCGGAGGAGGUGCAGGUGGGAAGUCCAAUGGACGUGGUUAUGGACGACCUGGGGCUGGAGGAGGAUAUGGUACCAAAGGACAAUCCCCAAACAAGCAGAAGAACUCUGGUUCUGGUUGGUCUAUGUACGGUACCACUUACGGUACACCCCAGUUAGAUACUCUUUAUCUAGGAUCUGGUGGUGGAAGUGGAGGAAAUGCAAAGGAUCUCACAAAGUCUCCUAAAGGAGGACGAGGAGGAAAUGGAGGUGGUAUAAUAGGUCUGUACGCCAGUAGAACUGUCACUGUAACUGGUAUUAUUAAUGUAUCUGGUGAAACUGGCCAGGGUGAUGUGGUUAGUUCUUCAGGAUGCUCUACCUGUCCCAAAGCAUGUACAGAUUCAAAGAACUGUCAGGGGAGUUCCACUAAAUCCUGCUGGGAUACAUCAGGACCAGGUGGCGGAGGGAGUGGUGGCAGUGUUUACAUUUCUGGUCAGAUAGUUGAUGUUGGACACGAUCGUCUGUGGGCAAUGGGGGGCUCUGGAGGUGCCGGUGGUAUCGGCGGUUGUGGCGGAGAUGGUGGUGUUGGGAGGAUCCACGUUGAUGCUCAGAUCUUCAAAGGUUAUGUGACACAAGGGAAAAGCGGAUACCUUCAGACUGUGACAUCUCAAUCAUCAUACAAAGAUCUGUCCAUUCCUGGUCAGAAAUUGAUCAUUCCUAAAACAACUGUCUAUGGUAAUGAGAUUUAUAGAGGAUGUUUUCAGGAUGAUUCUAAUAAUAGACAUUUCUAUCACCAAGUCGGUCAAUCCACGUCAUCCAAGAUAACACCACAAUAUUGUAUCAACUUGUGUAGGAACAAUAACUAUCGAUACGCGGCCGUGGAAUAUGGUAGAGAAUGUUUUUGUGAUAAUGCUUUCGACUGGAAGCUGAAGAAAUCGGAUAAUGAUUGUAACAUGCCAUGUGCUGGUGAUAAACUCCAGUUUUGUGGGGGGAGUCUUCGCAUGGCUAUAUAUGGUCCUCAUCCUAUGAGUUUAGCUAUUGGAUAUAAUGGUGUACAACAACAGUGUCAACCCUGGUGUGUUACUGCUGAUACUGACACUACCAAUCCGAAAUGGGGACAAUGUGAUUUAAGUAGUAAGAAAUCGUCAUCUUAUAAAAUACAUUGUCAAUGUCCUGCUGGUAUGAUAGGUAGUAACUGUGAUCAG